GUGGCUAAAUCGGCAGCACACAAAGCUGGCUCAAAUUCUACACAUGUUAUCAAACCAAACAGCUCCACUGCCACCACCAAUUUUCGCAUCACAAAAUCUCCCCAACACAGAAAAACAUGGCAGAUUUUCCCUCUUCAGGUUUCAAAAACCAACCCAUAAUUUAAUCCAACCUGCUACUGUUACUGCUACUACUGUUAAUUAAAAUGCGCACGCUUCUGAGUCUCAGGCAACCACCAUCGCCAUGUCUAACCUCAAAUUUACACUCUUCUUGCACCUCAUUCCUGUACAGCUUCAGACCCAGUAGACGUUUUCAUUUCUUGAGUCCUUGUUCUUCGCUUAAACAAUCCAAGAAAGCCCAACAGACUCUUCAAAAGAGUCCUCAGAGUGUAAGGUGGUUCUUGAAUACUAAAAAUAGCGACGAUGAUGACGAUAAGGGUCGGAAAGGUGAUGAGGAUGAUGGGGAGUUGCAAAAUGAAACUGCUAUUAAAGGAACCCUUUUGGCUGGUGUUUUGUUAGUGGGUGUUGUUGGUGGAUUUGGUGCUGUUGGUUAUGUUUAUAGGGAUCAGCUCAAUGCUUUCUUGACUCACUUUUCUGGCCUUAUUGAAGGUUAUGGACCUGCUGGAUAUGCUUUAUUUGUAGCAGUUUAUGCAGGACUUGAAAUUCUGGCAAUUCCAGCAAUCCCAUUAACGAUGUCGGCAGGUCUUCUUUUUGGCUCUGUUAUUGGCACCAUUAUUGUCUCUAUCAGUGGAACAGUUGCUGCAAGUGUUGCUUUUCUCAUAGCUAGAUAUUUUGCUCGUGAGCGUAUUCUUAAACUGGUUGAAGGAAAUAAAAAGUUUCUUGCUAUUGACAAAGCAAUUGGUGAAAAUGGGUUUAGAGUUGUCACACUUCUUCGUUUGAGUCCUUUGCUUCCAUUUUCUUUGGGGAAUUAUCUAUAUGGAUUGACAUCCGUUAAGUUCGUUCCAUACGUUUUGGGAAGUUGGUUAGGAAUGCUUCCGGGAACAUGGGCUUAUGUGAGCGCUGGUGCAUUUGGCCGUGCAAUUAUUCAGGAAGAAUCUGAUAUUGGAUUAGUCGGAGGAAAUAACUCAUUAUUAACUCUUGGGGUGGGAUUGUUGGUAACAGCAUUAGCUGCAACAUAUGUGACGAAGCUUGCUAAGGAUGCAGUGAAAGAUAUCGACUAGAAUAUAAGGAAACAGGUAGAAUGCAACAUAACUGGAAUUGUAAGAUUAAUGGGGGUUUUCAACAUCAUGUAAAUGCUUGUGUAUCAUUUAUUGACUCGAAAUCGUAUAGGAAAAUUCCCCAUCCCUUUUUUUUCUUGAUCUCUUCUGUAAAUCGGGGGGACCUUUUAGAUCUGCCAUCAUACAUAAAAUGAGUACAGUUCUAGUUUUA